GUACAUGUAUUUAAUAGCUUAGUGUAAAUAGUGUAGUAAGUUAUUUCUUCCCUAUGAAGCAUUGAAGACUUGUUGGAUUUUAAAUUCUCUCUACGACUUUAAUAAAAAGGUACCGACUGUUCCUGUGGAAAUAUUCAAAACUGAAGGCUGGCUGGAAUUUUCUGUUGGGGGCCCACAACAUCUGUUUCCAACUUACUCCAGCAACUUAAUUUGUUAAUUUUGCCUGGGAUGUAGUAACCAGACUGGUUCUUUGCUGAACACUUCAUCUUAUCAAAUGAAGGGGAUUGGUAGGGGAACCAAGUAGUGAUUGGACCACAUCAACGCUUUCAAGUGUAUCUUAGCGUGGCACAAGCAACAAACAUUGGGGGAGGAUACUACCCUAGAUUGUACUAGCUACAUCACUGGAGUAAAGUCGGUCUGUACUUGCCUUCUGUUAUAUGCUGUUGGAUAGCUGAUAGUCAGCCCUGAGAGAGAGAGGGAACAGAAGAUAAGGCAUUCCAUAUUAAUAUUAUUACACGCACACAGGUAGUGUGUUGAUGAUGGUGUAAUCUCAUCUAGCUGCCACAAUCACAUGUAUCACAUGGAGCUAUGCAAACGUACUAGGAAAUAUACAUCCUUGUCGACUAGUGCCGAGGACAUUCUGGAUGGCCUAGAGAGUAAAAGAAUUCGGAUAGCGUACAAUUCCUCAAAUUUGAAAACGUGUAGUCCGAUGGAAAAUGAUUCUGGGAAAAUCUCCGAUGGAAAUACUGUGUUAGAGGAGAUAACACCUUCCAGUGUCACAAUGAUGCAGAAUGGUACACAUCUGAAUGGGAUGGUAGAUAACGCUAGUUUAGGAGGAACCAUGAAUUCUCAGCCUCAAAAAACGGAACCAGAUCCAGAUGCCAUCAAGAUGUUUGUUGGUCAGAUUCCCAGGUCAAUGGACGAAUCUGAUCUCAAGAAAAUGUUUGAAGAGUUUGGUCCAGUAUUUCAGUUAAAUGUUUUGAGGGAUAAAGGAACUGGACAGAGCAAAGGAUGUUGUUUCGUCACAUUUUUCACAAGAAAAGCAGCAUUAGAUGCUCAGAAUGCUUUACACAAUAUCAAAACAAUGGCAGGGAUGCACCAUCCAAUACAGAUGAAACCUGCUGACAGUGAAAAAAGAAAUGAGGAAAGAAAACUUUUUGUUGGGAUGGUGUCAAAGAAAUGCACAGAAAAUGAUGUGAGAAUGAUGUUUGCACCAUUUGGAACGAUAGAGGACUGUACAGUGUUACGUGAUCAGAACGGCCAGAGUAAAGGUUGUGCAUUUGUUACAUAUGCAAACAGACAAUCUGCACAGAAUGCCAUAAAGAGUACCCAUCAUUCCCAGACCAUGGAGGGUUGUACAUCACCAGUUGUUGUUAAAUUUGCAGACACGCAAAAAGAAAAAGAACAGAAAAAACUACAACAGAUGAGUGCCAACCUUUGGAAUAUGUCUGUGGGAAACAACAUGACCCCACAGUAUCUUUCUCUGCUGCAACAAGCUGCUGCUGCAGGGGGAAACAUGGGCAUGCUAGCGAACAUGAACAAUAUGGGGAGGAUAAACCAAAAUGAUAACGGUUCUAAUUCUCUCGGCGUCCAGCAAUUGCUAAUAGCAGCAGCUGCGGCUGCUGCUAGCAACAACCCAGGAUUGCUAGCGGCCCUCGCGGGGCUGAGCAACAGUGCCAAUAACUCCACCCCUACUUCUCCCACGAGUACCGGAGCUAACACUGCCACUCGCUCCAACAUGGGGUCAGGCCAAGGUGACGGUGCAUCAAACAAUCUUCAUUUGCAGAAUCUGCAGAGUUUGGCAGCGUUAGCUGGUGCAGCAAACAAUGCAGGUGCCCUCAACACACUAGGGAUGCAGAAUUUAGCAGCAUUAGGGGCGACGAGUUCAGCCAAUGUCUCUGCCUUUCCUCACCGUGGUGGAGGACAGUUAGGUUCUUUAGGCACUACGUCUAAUUCCCUGGCAGGAAUUACAGGCCUCCAGAACUUUGGCAACAACAAUUUAUCAUCAAGUGGUAUGGCCAACAAUAUGAAUGGUCUGGGCUCCAACCCUAGCUCGGGUAUGGAUGCUCUUAGUCAAGCCUAUUCCGGAAUUCAGCAAUAUGCAGGUUUGUCGGGUUUACUCAGUCCAGGUAAAGCAUCUUUCCCGAAUGCCUUUGGUAGUCAGACAGCACAGCAGCUGCAGCAGGCCACUGCAAAUUCACCCGCGGGCAAACAAACAGAAGAAGCUGUCUCAAGAAAACUGAAGACCGGCCUCUAUUCAAGGAAUGAGGGUCCAGAAGGUGCUAACUUGUUCAUAUACCACCUACCUCAGGAAUUCAGUGACCAAGACCUUAUGCAGACCUUUCUGCCCUUCGGAUCAGUGAUUUCUGCUAAAGUCUUCAUUGAUAAGCAGACAAACCUCAGCAAGUGCUUUGGAUUUGUGAGUUACGACAACUCUGUCUCGGCCCACGCUGCCAUACAGGCCAUGAAUGGUUUCCAGAUUGGAAUGAAGAGGCUGAAGGUGCAGCUCAAACGACCAAAGAAUGACAGCAAGCCGUACUGAUGAUGUCCGAUUGUUAUGACAACGUGGCGUUGACGUGAAGUGGUGUGUCCCCGUGUCCACGUGCCGUACGUCCUUCAUGUUUACAUAACUCAUCGCUAGCCUGUAUGAUUGACAAAAACUUUAAUGUCGCAUAAAUACGUAAGUGUCCCUCAGCAAACCACAAGUCCAUCCAGCUCCGUCUGUACAUGUCAGUCACGCCGGGCAAGUGGGCCCGUGGUCAACACCGACACAUAUUAUACACUUACAACUGUCAUCGUUUGUUGUCCUGUUCAAAGUUAAUUACAUGUGCAGGCUCCUGUAACCAAAUCACUGGGUUGCCAUAUAUAUAAUUUUGAAAUUAUUCAUUGUACAACACUGUAUUGUAACAAAGAUUGUCAUUUUUUUGUCUUUUUAAUGUUAAGUAUUAUAUUGUCAAGUUUAGAUACAUGUAUAUGUUGGUGUAUAUAUAUAUAGUACAGAUAUGCUUUUAGAUAUAAUCACAUUAAAGUGCAUGUAUUGUAUUUGUUCAGUGUAAACAUGACGAGAAAUACCAAAGAAAGUUUGAUUUCAUCUCAAUAUCGACCUAGGCAUCUGUAUGGUGCCUCUUGUUAAUUAUCUUGCGAGGAUGUUCUAUAGCAAAAGCUAUCGAUAUCCAGAUAAGACUGACCGUAGGUUUGCAUGCAUUAUAAUUCAUUAGCUUUGGGUUUGGAAAGAAUAAACCCUUCCCCAGAUGUCCUCUGAGUAAACUAAUAGAUGUUGAUGAAUGGCUCUGAUUUUGCAGAGCUGAGAGGGCACAUGCACUUAAUUAACCAUUUAAUAAAGUGUAUAUAAUUUUUUAUUAUCAAUAAUAAUCUCAUAGCAUUAGAUGCAAACUAUUAAACUGCCAUAAUUGUAUCUUUGGAAUGUUGCCAUUUAUGAUAAUGUUGAAAGAAUUUUUGCAAGUUUUUAGUUCUAUAUUAAUUCAACAGGUUUUUUUUAGGGGAAAUUAACAAAUUCAUUCAAAAUCAUUACUAGGAUUAUUUCAAAUGUAAUUUGAGAUUUCAAAGAUUGUCAUAAAUAUCAGAUUAGUUCAGAUUUGAUCUCAAACAUGACACGAUACCAUUAAUAGAUUCGGUGGUUAGAUCAUAUAUAUAUAUAUACAUUGUAUAUAGAGUAUAAUAUAGGGAGAAUUUUGCAAGUAGCCGUUCAACAUAAAACAGUAGCCGUUCAACAUAAAACAGUGACUUAUGAUUAGCAUAGUAUAUAUUCCUAGCCUAUUAAGCAGCUAUGGAAAUCAGGAUGUUCAGUUCCUCCAUUUCAUAUCCUGUGAAUUUCUCAUUAUCACAUCAGACAUUACAUUAUUUUCAUCUCUUCUAAAAAAUGUUUUUUAUUGAAGUAACUUUAAUAGCAGUAGGCCAUAACAGCUUUACCCUAGUGGUAUCCUUGUAUGUGUAGAAGCUUGAUCAGUGUGAAGUAUUACCCACCCAUGUUUUGCUUAAUUAAACACAGUAUUAAAUUUUUUGUCUUACUGAAAAGUCUUGUAGCGUGGAGUUUUUCUGUGUCAUUGGAUAUUUGUAUUGUAAAGAUGGGAUAUACAUACUAUUAAGAAGUAAGUUAUUUUUCGUGUGGGAAUAUUCGGUGAAAAGAAGUGUCUUAAAAAAUGCAAAAAAAAAAGAAGAGAAGUUUGUAUUGACAGUAUAUUGUACUCACUAUGACAACAGUCUUCUCGGAGAAUUAAUGUUUAUAUAUAUUGUUUGUGAUGGUUGUGGUAAUGAGAGAUGAAAGGAAAUGUAAUUUGAUCAUGCGAUUCCCCACACCCAAUUAUGGCAGCCCAGUGUUUUUGUUCCAUGGCUGUUUACCAAUUAUCUUGAACUAGUGCUUAUAAGCUUACUAUAUCGUAAUGUGUAGUGCAAGGUGUUUGUUAAAACGUUUCUCCAUGAGUAUGUUUUUUGUGGUCAUUGUUUGCAGUGUUAUAAACAAAAUAUUGUAAAGAACUAUUUCCUCUUCAUCUGUGUUGGAAGAGAGAGAGAGUAAAAAAAUAUAUAUAUUGUUAUGGUUUUGUUAAAAGGUGUGAGAAGAAUCAAAAUGUGGUUAUUUCUUUUCUUAAAUAACCCAGUUUCAAUAUUUUUUCUUCAUUUUUUGUUUGGCAAGUAUUGCACUUUGGUGAAUGUUGAUGUUUUGGUACACGGUUUUGUGUCUUGAUAUUUCAAAAUAUAUAUCAUAAUAUAUCAUGUGAAUGGUGAAUAAUGUUUUGGUGUGAGUUUGAUAUUCAAACUAAAAUCUGAAUCUAUUAUAAAUACUACUACUAAGUUGAGCUGUUUCUGGCCGCCAAUCUCACUGGUUGUACUGUGUAGCAUCUGAUCACAGCACAAAAUCCUUGUGUGUUAUUUUCUUGUCUGAAGAAACCAUAGCCUGCCAUGUUUUGCCUGAUGUUUUAAAGCAUUUACCUUGAUAUUAUUAAAUAUUAAUCUGUCAUUUCAAUUACCACCUCUUCAAAAAGAAGUUAUGUAAUAAAUGAAGACCGAUAAAGACGAUUGUUCUAAUUGGAAGUACUUGCAGAAAAGAAAUAAGUUUUUAAUUGGAAGUAUUUGCAGAAAAGAAAUAUGUUUUUGCAUAAGUUUUUAUCCAAAAUUAUCAUGGAAAUUACAAGUGUCGGCUAUUAAAAGUACCUUCAUGUAUACCUUCUCAGUUCAGGAGCAGUUCUGCCUGUCUUUUUGGUUGACUUUAUCAUUUUGCGAUAAAUGCUUUAGACAUUAAAUCGUUUAAAUGUUUCGUGUAUAACUGUGUGUUCUAAGCACAGCUGUGAUCGGAAAUGACAAUCGAACGUUUUUGUGUUAUGUUCAACUGCUGAACACGAUUCCUGUCGACCUGCCACUUGGUUUUCAUCAUAUUUUAUUACCUUUAAGCGAUUCAAUUAUGAUUUUUACUGCUAAUAGUAAUAUUGUACUACCAUAAAUAAGAUACACAUGUUUUAAUGCUGAAUCUUUUGAAAGGGAGAGAGUUAGAGAGAGGGAAGAUGAAUAUGUUUAUAGUUUAAUUUUUUUCACUUCAUAUGCAUUUAAUAUAUACAUGCACACUGUGAAAUCAAAUCAUUUGAAAGAAAGCAAUAUUAAAGCUUAGAAUGAUAGUAAAUCAAAAUAGCUACAAAUCAAAAUGGCAGGUUGCUGGAUGUUUGGAUUUAUCAAACGUAAGUGCCUUAUUCAGUACCGUGUUCACACCAUUACUGAUGUGUUGACAUUAGCAGUCCAGUAGAUAUCUUAACACAUUCAUAUCAAAGGACCAAGCAGAAUAUAGCUAAUUACUUGUAACCAAUAUUUAUAUAUAUUAUGGUAAGACUGUUUUGGCGAAAUUUGUAUCCUAGUAUUUAAAACAGUGAUGUGAGAGAAAAUUGUAAAUGUAAAUAAACUGUUCAAUAAUUUUGAAUUUCCAAAAUUCAACAUUUUAUUUUAGGUUGACCGUUCGUAAUCUUUCUGUGUUUGUCAGUGUUUGUUCAUAGAUAAAUAAAACAUUCUGUGAUAAUUACGACUUGACACAAUAGAGAAUUAACUUUGUCCGACAGGAGAAUUCUUUGACUAAACAUAUAGGUGUUAUGGGGAUUUCUGUGGCUAUAUUUACAUAGAGGAGUCACCUUAUAUAUUUAGAAGCAAGGGGGAAUCCCUGUUGUCUGUAUAUAGUGUUGGGGAUUCCUUUAUGCUAUAUAUAGGUAUGCCAGUGAGAUUGACUGCCAGUGAUGCUGAAGGUACUCAGGAAUACGUGUACAAAACUUGUGUUUGUUGGUGAAACUGUCCAUGUAUUCAGUAGUUAAAAUACUGUCGCAGACAGGGGUUAGUUCAUAUCUAUUGGAUAAAUGUUUAGUGUCCUCUAAUAAAUAAUGGAGUCCGUUUUAAUUACUUAAAAAGGUGAUGUUGAGGAACUGUGAAUGUCCAUAUACUUAAAGGAAGCGUUUGUUCUCAUGGAAAAAAUUACAUUUUUACCAGUUGUUUGUUUCUUACUUAAGGUGUGGUAAGCAAUAUGUUUUUACUCUUCCACCGGGAUUGGACCGCCUCGGUCUUGACGUCCACCGCAAACCGUCCGUCUCGGAUCCAUCCUGUGGAAGGGUGAUCAUGAACACAGAUAAUUUUACCUUCUCAACCAGCAGUUCAUGUGAGGCUGUAUCAUGUCAUAGAUCAUGUGGAAAAAACAUCUUUUAUCCGGCCAUUCAGUAUCUUUACAACAACAAAAGCCCAAUUUUUCAACCACGUUUGUCAUGUCUGCAUAAUAUUCCAUAAUGCUGUUUUGAUGUCAGCCACAGUCACAUGAAUCUUAGUUGAACAAAAUUAUUUCUGUUCCGUGUUCUUGUAAACAGGAAUUUUAAACACUGCAUUAGGGCUGCAUCAUAGGCCCAAAUGCUGUACAUGCAAUCGAAAUGUUUUAUUUUGUUUCCAGAUAUUUUAUAUGAAAAUUAUUGACUUGUAAGAGAUAUCAAAAAAAUGUGUAAGUAUUUUAUCCCUGUAAUUGAGCGUUACAUGUGCUUUGUGGUGUAUUUUGAAUCUAAAUCCUACCUUCUUACAUGUUUAUGGUAUUUUAAAAAAAAUCCUAUUUGUAAAACCACACCUUGGUAGAAAUUGUAAGCAAAUUACUCAACAGAGCUGUACUUAAGGUAGAUAUCCUUGAGAAUUGUUACUAAAAAUUGAUCACAUUUAAAAUAUUCAUUUCUCCAGUUGUUUUAUAUUAAAAGUAACACAGAAGUUAAUAAAAAGGGCUAGAUCAUUGUUUGAUCAAUUUAUUAGAUAGCAAAACUUGAGGAAAUUUACCGUGUUUCUGGGAUGUGGUGAUGUUUUUGUGAGAAAAAAAAUGUUUGUUAGAUUAUUAUUUUUGUUUAAUAGCUUGCCAGGCUGAAUAUUUGGUGUGGCAAAGUUAGUUCAAUUUGCUCAGAAGGGAACUCUGCACCAGUGACCCAGUUUUAAACUUUUUUGUUAUUUAAAAAAAUCAGUAAAAUAAAAAGUUGAUAGGGUAUUGUCUCACUUGUUUAUAUUUUUACCUGCAUAUGAUAAAUCAUGUUUUUGUCAAAUUGUCAGUAAUAAUGAUUACUAUAUCUUAAUAAAAACACACCACACGUUACAUGACAGUGUGAAAAUAGACAUAUCAUUUUCUGCCUUUAUUUAAAACUGUGAUCAAGUGACUUCUUGUUAACAUACUAUUGGUAUAUGACUAAUCCUCAAAAUAGCUUGCUUAUAAUAAACAAAAGCAUCUUUUCCCUUGUAAUCCCUUUAGGAACUCCUUUCUUCAAUGCCCGUAAAAAACCACUACAAAAUGAUAUCUAUUUCUACAUUCACAUGUUUCAGAUUAUAAAUUGUUUGAGAAGUGAUGUCUCUGUUGACAUUUUUUUUCUGGAUCUUAGGGUUAUGAUUGCUGAAUCAACAUUCAAGUGUAAGUUUUAAUUUUCUCUGGAAAAAACUUUUCGGUCUUAAAAAGUUUUAAUAUCACAAGAAAUUUAUUCAUGAAAAAUCAAGAUUCAUAGAGUACUUUUUAAUGCUAGCAUAUUAUGACAAUUUCAAAGAGCCAUACAGUAUUUUGUGGGACGUUAUUAAUAUUAUAGUGAAUCUGUCGUAGAUUAGUGUUACACAUCACAGUAUACAUUGUAUAAUGAAUAUCUAGUCAAAGAUAUCUGUCUUAAUUAAGAAUAUACCAUACUUAAACUCUCCACAUAACAAUUAUUAUAGCACAUUAAUACAUAGAAGUAUUUUGCAAAUUUUUUAUCAAUCAUGUGUAUAGCACUUUUAAAAGAAAAAAAAGUUUCAAGUCUCCGUAGCCUUCAGAAUAACACUGAAAGUCUUGCCUGGUAGCCCUAUUUGGUACAUGUGCUACUCUGAAGUGACAGCUAUCGAGAAUGAGAAAUCUACAUUUUACCAUUGAUCUGGCAAAAGCUACAAGAUAGUCUAAUAUUGAGUAAAAGAUUCACAUGUAUAUAUUAUUACUAUAAAUACCAAUAAAAAGCAUUUAUUUCAUAUAAACCAGACCUAGAAAAAUAAGAUCAUGGAAGAUCAUUGUAUGUUUUAAUUUGAUUUUCCUCUUUUGUCGACCUAGGCGAAGGGCGGGCAGGAAAUGGCCGCAUUAAUUACUUUCUGAGUAAAGAAAGCCACCUUUGUUAAAUAUUAGUUAUGAAUUGUGUUGUGGUUUGGCCGUGUACAGAAUCGUAUGCCAUUAAACAGUUUCAAAUAAAA